AUGCUCAAUGCAGGCACUGUGGAAGACUAUCUUCGCACAGUCACGGAAUGGGUCGCGGCGCAUCCUUUCGAUGUCAUCACCAUCAUCUUCGGUAAUUACGAUUGGCAAGAUACGGACGAAAACGGAAAUCGAACUGUUACCUCUAAGCAGUUUGCGGAACCUAUCCAAGCUUCUGGCCUCAAACAGUAUGUCUAUCAGCCGCCCAAGACAGCCAUGGCCCUGGAUGACUGGCCAACACUCGGAGAGCUCAUCAUCUCUGGCAAACGCGUCAUCACGUUUAUCGACUAUAAUUCCGAUACCAGUGCGGUACCAUAUCUAUUGUGGGAAUUCUAUAACAUCUGGGAGACCCCCUUCAGUCCCACAGACGAUGACUUCACAUGCGAGAUCCAGCGCCCGGAUGGCCUUGCCGAGAACAAAUCAAGGGAGAUGAUGUAUAUGGCCAAUCAUAAUUCAAAUGUGCAAGUCAGUAUCGCGGGGCUGAAUCUCCUGAUACCAAACACAGCGGAGCUUAACAAGACCAAUGGUGCGAACGGGUCAGGCAGCCUGGGUGAAAUGUCGGACAAUUGUACAUGUCAGUAA